CAUGUCGACGAACCAAGAGGACGACCCGUCGCGCGAGCUUACCAAGGCCGAGAUUCUCCGCUUGUGCCGGCACAAUCGCAUCUUGGUGUCGGCCGCGCGGCAAAAGAAGCUGCAAGCCGACCUCUCGGGCGCUGCACUCACGGCCGCCGAGAAGGCGCGUCAGAACCACAUUGACUUUGUCUCGGACCUCACAGGCCCUGGCGUUGUAGUCGAGGUCCUCACCGAGACGACCCGGGGCUGGACAACGCGCGUUGGCUUCGAGAAGCACUGGGUCUAUAUGGACGUGACGUACUCGACCUUGGCGUGGCGGCUCGCGACGUGGCUCUGGGGUACACCCCCGGCGCGGCCAAUGGAAAAUGCCUUUGAGCUCGACCCGCGACACAUGCAUCUCACGCGCGUCAUCACGUUGCUCCCAAAGAUGCUUGCAAAUAGUGACGAAGAGGCGUCUCCGUGUCUUCUAAUCGAAGACGACGCACAUGUCAAGCUCACGCUCCUCUGCACGUCCAAAGAAGAGCAGGCGCGCGUGCUUGAUAGCUUGAUGAAGCUCGUGCAGCACGCCAAGAACCGCGCCGAGAUCAACAAUAUACAGAGCGACGACGAUGGAAACAACCCCGACGACAACAAGCCCAAAAGAGAAUAA